UUUUCUAAUUCUCGCGAAGCUCUUCAUCGCUUUUGUGAGGUUUGAAAGUUUUAAAGCGACAUUUUCCCUCUCUAAUUCAAGAAAAACUCUUCUAUCAUGCGUGAAUGUAUCUCAGUUCAUGUCGGCCAAGCCGGAGUCCAGAUGGGCAAUGCCUGCUGGGAGUUGUACUGUCUGGAGCACGGGAUCCAGCCUGACGGUCAGAUGCCGUGCGACAAAACGAUCGGCGGUGGUGACGAUUCCUUCAACACUUUCUUCAGCGAAACCGGAGCAGGAAAACACGUUCCUAGAGCUGUUUUCGUCGAUUUGGAACCUACCGUCGUUGAUGAAGUAAGGACAGGAACAUACCGUCAGUUGUUUCAUCCAGAGCAAUUGAUCACUGGCAAAGAAGAUGCUGCUAACAACUAUGCCAGAGGUCACUACACCAUUGGUAAAGAAAUUGUUGAUUUGGUACUUGAUCGCAUCCGUAAAUUGGCUGAUCAGUGCACCGGUCUUCAGGGUUUCUUGAUCUUCCACAGUUUUGGCGGUGGUACUGGAUCUGGGUUCACCUCCUUAUUGAUGGAACGUCUCAGUGUUGACUAUGGCAAGAAGUCCAAGCUGGAAUUUGCUGUCUACCCAGCUCCCCAGAUUUCAACUGCUGUUGUGGAGCCAUACAACUCCAUCCUGACCACCCAUACAACUCUGGAGCACUCAGACUGUGCUUUCAUGGUGGACAAUGAAGCCAUCUAUGAUAUCUGCCGUCGUAAUUUGGACAUUGAACGUCCAACUUACACCAAUCUGAAUCGUCUGAUUGGUCAGAUUGUCAGCUCCAUCACUGCCUCUCUUCGUUUUGAUGGUGCACUGAACGUCGACUUGACUGAGUUCCAGACCAACUUGGUGCCAUACCCUCGUAUCCACUUCCCACUGGCCACAUAUGCUCCAGUCAUCUCAGCUGAGAAGGCUUACCAUGAACAGCUGACUGUUGCUGAGAUCACCAAUGCUUGCUUCGAGCCAGCCAACCAGAUGGUGAAGUGUGAUCCUCGUCAUGGAAAGUACAUGGCCUGCUGUAUGUUGUACAGAGGUGACGUCGUGCCCAAGGAUGUCAAUGCAGCCAUUGCCACGAUUAAGACGAAGCGUACCAUCCAGUUUGUCGACUGGUGCCCAACUGGAUUCAAGGUAGGCAUCAACUACCAGCCACCAACAGUUGUUCCAGGUGGUGAUCUGGCCAAAGUACAACGUGCAGUCUGCAUGUUGAGCAACACCACUGCCAUUGCUGAGGCCUGGGCUCGUUUGGAUCACAAGUUUGAUCUGAUGUAUGCCAAGAGAGCUUUUGUGCACUGGUAUGUCGGCGAGGGUAUGGAGGAGGGUGAGUUCUCUGAGGCCCGUGAAGAUUUGGCUGCCCUUGAAAAAGAUUAUGAAGAAGUUGGAGUUGACUCUGUUGAGGGUGAGGGUGAGGAGGAAGGAGAAGAAUAUUAAUUUUUUGAAUUUUUGAAACAUUCGAUUAACAUUUCUCCUUACUAGUUACAAAAAUAUUUCAUAUUGAAUUAAAUUGACAAGUAAGAUGACAAGAAUUGCUCUCCUUUUUCGCUUUAAAUGAAACUUACCAAAAAUAAA